AUGGCAAGGAGUAGCAGCAAGUCCGUGGCGAGGACCCUGGAGGAUUUGACGCUAGACUCGGGUUAUGGUGGAGCCGCCGACUCCUUCAGGUCGUCCAGUGCGUCGUUGUGCUGUUCCGAGGCACACGCGCCGAGUGCGCAUGGGGGGAACUACUACUGGCGCUUAACCGACUCGAUGCACAGUCGACACAACAGCCUGGACACUGUCAACACCGUCCUGGUCGAAGACGCCGAGAUCCUGGAUUGCUCCGGGCAGUGCGUUAAACUACCCGAGCUAGAGGAUGUGCCAUGGAGCCUCGGGGAAGUAGCCAGCGCACUGGGCAGGGACGAGGAGCGGAGACCGCCGAGCCCGCCGCAGGACCUUCUGCUCCGGCUCUCGGUGCUGGUCAGCCGUGCGCUGGCGCGGAUCGCCAGGGAGGCGCAGCGGCUGAGUUUGCGCUACGCCAAAUGCACGAAAUACGAGAUCCAAAGUGCCGUGAAGAUCGUGCUGUCGUGGACCGUGUCGGUGAAGUGCGUCGCCGCGGCUCUCAGCGCCCUGUCCCUGUAUAACAUGAGCACGGAGGACAAGUUGAGCCGCGGCAAGUCCGCAAGGUGCGGACUCGUCCUGGGCGUGGGGAGCUUCUUCAGGUGGAUGGUGGACGGCAGGGUGGCGGUCAGGGUCCACGAGCACGCGGCCAUCUACCUGUGCGCGUGCGUGGAAAGUCUCUUCCGCGAGGUGUACGCGCGCGUGUUGCGCGGCGCCGUCGCGGAGCCGGAUAACGGGAUCCCCAAAUUCACCGUCGAGUCCCUCGAGCAGGCCAUCAACGGUGACUCGGAGAUCUGGGGAGCUCUUCAGCCCUAUCAGCACCUGGUCUGUGGGAAGAAUGCGAGCGGUGUGCUCAGCUUACCGGAGAGCCUGACUCUUCACCAGCAGCAGCGGCCUGGGAAAAGUGGGGAGGGGAAUGCCUACAGUCAGUCUGACCUGCGCUCCAUCGAGCAGUGCCUAUUGGCCACAAGAGUGGGCAGCAUCUCAGAACUCAGUGACCUGGUGUCCCGGGCCAUGCACCACCUCCAACCGCUGCAUAUGAAGAGCCAUAAUAACGGGACACCGGUCCACCAGAAGGGCGGUAUGGUUCACUGGGCACCCGAAGCCAUCUACACGCUCUGCUACUUCAUGCACUGCCCUCAGAUGGAGUGGGAGAACCCCAAUGUCGAGCCCUCCAAGGUCACCUUGCAGACCGAGAGGCCGUUCAUGGUGCUGCCGCCUCUGAUGGAGUGGAUCCGGGUGGCGGUGGCCCAUACUGAACACAGACGCAGCGUCUCUGUGGACAGCGAUGAUGUUCGGCAGGCUGCCAGGCUCCUGCUGCCUGGAGUGGACUGUGAACCCCGCCAGCUAAAAACAGAUGACUGUUUCUGUGCCUCGCGGAAGUUAGAUGCUGCCUCUGCCGAGGCGAAGUUCCUGCAGGACCUCGGUUUUCGGAUGCUCAACUGCGGACGCACCGACCUGGUAAAGCAGGCUGUCAACCUACUGGGACCUGAUGGCAUCAACAGCAUGAGCGAGCAGGGAAUGACUCCACUUAUGUAUGCGUGUGUCCGUGGAGAUGAAGCCAUGGUGCAGAUGCUGUUGGAUGCCGGAGCAGAUAUCAACAGUGAGGUGCCAAACUCAGCACACAAGCACCCCUCAGUCUACCCUGAAACGCGGCAGGGAACGCCACUCACUUUCGCUGUGUUACAUGGACAUGUGCCUGUGGUGCAGCUGUUGUUGGAUGCCAGAGCCAGCGUGGAGGGAUCCUUGCAGGAUGGGAUGGAAAACUACACAGAGACCCCACUGCAGCUGGCUGCUGCUGCAGGUAACUUUGAGCUGGUCAGCCUGCUGCUGGAGAGAGGAGCAGACCCCAUGGUGGGAACCAUGUACCGCAACGGCAUCUCCACUGCUCCCCAAGGAGAGAUGAACUCCUACAGCCUGGCAGCGGCACACGGACACAGAAACGUUUUCCGGAAGCUGCUAUCCCAAACGGAGAAGGGGAAGGGAGACGUCUUGUCUCUGGAGGAGAUUCUGGCUGAGGGCUCAGAGCUGGAAGGGAGGAGCCCCUCUCAAAUCGAUCUGAUUCGAACCGGGAAGGCCAAACUCAAAGCCCUGAAGGAAGCCAUGUACCACAGCGCGGAACACGGCCAUGUGGACAUCACCAUUGACAUACGCAGUCUCGGGGUGCCAUGGACGUUGCACACCUGGUUAGAAUCUUUGCGCACGUGUUUCCUGCAGCACCGUCGGCCAUUAAUCCAGGGUCUUCUGAAGGAGUUCAGUUGUAUUGAGGAAGAGGAAUACACCGAGGAGCUCAUCACACAUGGCCUGCCUCUCAUGUUCCAGAUCCUCAGAGCCAGCAAGAAUGAGGUGAUCAGCCAGCAGCUGUCCGUGAUCUUCACCCAGUGCUACGGACCUUACCCCAUUCCCAAACUCGCGGAGAUCAAGAGGAAACAGACGGCACGCCUGGACCCUCACUUCCUGAACAACAAGGAGAUGUCGGACGUGACCUUCUUGGUGGAGGGGAAGCCUUUUUAUGCCCACAAAGUGCUGCUCUUCACGGCCUCCAACAGGUUCAAGUCUCUCCUCGCAAACAGGCCCUCGGGUGAAAACACGUGCAUUGAAAUAAGCCAUGUGAAAUACCACAUUUUUCAGCUGGUAAUGCAGUACCUUUACUGUGGUGGAACGGAAGUUCUCCAUAUCAGGAACAGUGAUGUCAUGGAGCUUCUGUCAGCAGCCAAGUUUUUCCAGCUGGAGGCGCUGCAGAGGCACUGUGAGAUUAUCUGCUCCAAGAACAUCAACACUGAAACCUGUGUGGAGAUCUACAACCACACAAAGUUCCUCGGCGCUCCAGACCUGGCGGCCUACAUAGAGGGCUACUUCCUGAAGAACAUGGUGAUCCUGAUGGAGUUGGAGCCGUUCAAGCAGCUGUUGUACGAUGCGCCUCCGGACAGCCCGGGCUGUGACAUCCUGCAGGACCUGGAGAAAACCCUGGCCGCCCGCAUCCAGUCCAUCCACCUCUCCUCCUCUAAGGGAUCCAUUGUCUGA